CCAGAGCUGCAUAAAUAUAGACUGUCGCGCGCUUCUUCUGUACAGUAAGCGCGAGCUGAUCUAGACAUAACUUCAGCUCUAGUUCUGAGAGUGGAUUGACGCCUAUUUACAGGACUUACUCUUUUUGCAGUUUUCUGAUUUGGAUACAACAUCGUAUUAAACAAAACAUGCCUGUGUCCAGAAUGCGCAUGCGACCCUGGCUGGAGGUGAAGAUCGACUCCAACACCAUCGCUGGACUCCGCUGGGUCAACAAGGAGGAGAAGAUGUUCUCCAUCCCGUGGAAGCACGCGGCUCGUCACGGCUGGGAGGUGGACAAAGACGCCUGUCUGUUCAAGCAGUGGGCCAUUCACACAGGUAAAUACAAGGAGGGAGAGACCCAGCCCGACCCCAAGACCUGGAAAGCCAACUUCCGCUGUGCCAUGAACUCUCUCCCCGACAUCGAAGAGGUGAAGGACAAGAGCGUGAACAAAGGCUGCGGUGCGGUGAGAGUCUACCGCAUGCUGCCCGCCAUCGCCAAGAAGAAGGUGAAGAGAUGCAAGGGCCUACGCAAACGCAAGGUCAAGCUGGAGGAGAUGGACGCUGAGGAGAUGCAGUCAGAAAUGACCCAGGAGAACACCAUCGACAGCACUGUGAAUCUAAGCACCAUCAGCACCUCCAAUGACACCCCCGCGUACGAGAUGGAGAUCCCAAACUGUCCAGAAGAUCUGUACAAGUUCCAGGUGUCUCCGGUGCACUCCACAGACCUGGAGGAGAACGAAGCUAUCUUUGAGCUAACACGGCAAUUGGAACGUGAAAGUACGCAGUGGAUGCAGAGCAAUUUCGUUGGAAAGGGGUUCCUGGGCAAUGAAGUAGCCACAACAGAAUCUCUGAGUCCAGAGAGCCAGUGGAGCGAAAGCUCAGGAGAAGAGCUGGAGUUUCGGCUCUACACUGAACUGACCCCAGACCUGCGUGAAGACUCUCUCUGCACCUACACAGAGCUGUGGAACAGCAACAGCGUGCCACAGACCAUGUGUCCUCUCUGAGAGCGCUCGUCUCGCUCCUCGGACUCUGUCUCGCUCAUGCACAAUGGACUCUAUAACCUCACACACCUCAGUCUCAGUCUCAGUCUCGUUCUCGUGUCUGGAUUCUGCUGUUGGACAAUGCUCGCGGGAUCCCUGAGCUCCGGCGUGGUCAGAAGACUCCUCGUCUGUGUCAAGUGUGAUGUGGUUUCACACAAGGAUCCUCCAGAACCAGCUCUCUCCUUCCAGUUGUACAGUUUUCUCAUGUAAUGUGAAUUGGACUCAUUCCGUUAUGUGCUCAUCAUGUCAGGGUUUUCUCACCCAUAUAUUCAUAAAACACAUGUAUCGGAUCAAGCUGUUAGUCUGAGUAUGGGAAGGGGUUCUUCACUGUAAAUACUGUAAAUAUUUAUUUGUAUUAAAAAACAAAAUCCAUUCAA